CCCAGAGGAGCGCAGACACGCAGAGGGAGCAACGACUGGAACAAGAAGGCGGCCCCAGAGGAGACGCAGACCCGCAGAGGGAGCAAGGACUGGAACAAGAAGGAGGCCCCAGAGGAGGUGCAGACACGCAGAGGGAGCAACGACUGGAACAAGAAGGCGGCCCCAGAGGAGGCGCAGACCCGCAGAGGGAGCAACGACUGGAACAAGAAGGCGGCCCCAGAGGAGGCGCAGACACGCAGAGGGAGCAACGAUUGGAACAAGAAGGCGGCCCCAGAGGAGGCGCAGACCCGCAGAGGGAGCAACGACUGGAACAAGGAGGCGGCCCCAGAGGAGGCACAGACCCCCUGGAGGUGGGAGGACUGGGCCAAGAAGGAGGCCCCAGAGGAGGUGCAGACCCGCAGAAGGAGUGAUGACUGGAUCAAGAAGGCCCCAGAGGAGGCACAGACCCCCGAGAGGAGUGAGGACUGGAUUAAUAAAUUGUCUCCAGAGGAGGCGCAGACCCGCAGAAGGAGCGACGACUGGAUCAAGAAGGAGGCCCCAGAGGAGGCGCAGACACCUGGGUGGAGGGAGGACUGGAUUAAGAAGUUGUCCCCAGAGGAGGUGCAGACCCCUGAGCGGAAGGAGGACGGGAUUAAGAAGUUGUCCCCAGAGGAAGCUCAGACCCCCGAGAGGAGGGAGGACUGGAUAAAGGAGCUGAAGUCGGUGCUCAAAGAGGAGGUACUUUCCCCGAAGAGGAGAGAGGAGCAGGUGAAGAAAAAGAAGAAGAAGGUGGUGGUCAUGGACGAAGUGCCCACGUUCAUGCACCAGAGGACAGAGGUGAAGAUAGAGGUGAAGAAAGAGAAGGAGGCGCAGGGGGAGGAGAAGACGCCAAAGAAGUCUGUGAGGCUGCAGAGCCCAACUCCUUACAAGGAAGACAGCGACAGUCCGGACCCCCAGGAGUACGAGAUCUCCCUCUAUGUCAAGGCUGCCAGUGAUGGUGAGAGCAUCGGGAACUGUCCGUUCUCCCAGCGCCUCUUCAUGAUCCUGUGGCUGAAGGGAGUUAUCUUCAACGUCACCACAGUCGACCUCAAAAGGAAACCGGCGGACCUGCAGGACCUGGCCCCGGGGACCAACCCUCCAUUCGUCACAUUUAACGGGGAGGUGAAGGUCGACGUCAACAAGAUAGAAGAGUUCCUUGAGGAAAAACUCACGCCACCACGGUACCCCAAGUUGGCGACUAAUCACCCAGAGUCAAACACCGCAGGUAUAGAUGUGUUCUCCAAGUUCUCUGCCUACAUCAAGAACCCCCGCAAAGAUACCAACGACGGCCUGGAGAAGGCCCUGUUGAAGUCUCUGAGGCGGCUGGAUGAAUUCCUGAGGACGCCCCUGUCGGAAGAGAUCGAUGCCAACAGCACAGAAGACCCUCAGGAGUCCACACGCUGCUUCCUGGAUGGACCUGACUGGAUGAAUGCUGUGGUGGCCAGGAAGUACCGUGGCUUUGAGAUCCCAGCGGAGAUGGCGGGGGUGUGGCGCUAUCUGAACCACGCCUACAAGAGGGAAGAGUUUACUAACACCUGUCCUGUUGAGCGCGAAAUCGAAUUUGCCUACAUAGAUGUGGCCAAACGAAUCAAAUAG